AUGUGUGAUAAGUAUGAUAAUAGCACGGGCCCUGAAAGUGGGAAGUUUUACAAAGGUUGGGCGUUCAAAUAUGAUGAUCUGGAAGAUAUGGAUGGAGGAGAUGACAGAUACCACGGCGUCUACAACGAUACUGAUACUGAUCUCGACCAAGGGAAUUUUUCUCUCUCCGAUAAAUCCUCAAGUGACUUGCAGAUUCACAAGCGUCUAGUGAAUAAAUUUAGUGAACGACGAGCUGUGCGGUAUAAACGACAUUUUUCUACUACAUCAAAAUGCAACGCAAGUGAUAAGUGCGUAUGGAGCACAUUCAGAUCACAUGACGAUUCCCUUUCGCGUUAUGAACUAACGCGGCUUCCUAUGGGAAUUGAGCCAAUGGAACACUUUGACGCAGUAUUUGGAGGCAGUUUGUACAGGAAGCGCAGGCAAGAUAAUGAAUCGGAGACGGAGGAACCUUCACCAGAAGACCUGAAGGAAAAAUGUGUGGAAAAAGUGAAGCUAAUUGUGUUCGAAUACAACCUUCGCCUUAACGUUGGAAGAAUAAUUUUAAUGGGAAAUGUUGCAGAUAUCGUCACCACCACGGUUAUGAUGCUCCAAUUAAUGGCCUACCUAAUUGACAUAAUAUUUAUCACUGCCAAUGCAUUACUCAUUUUCGGAGCUGCA